GAGGUCUAGGCUGUGUAGCCAUCGGUUUCAAGUCGGAUUUUGUUUUGAAAAUCUCUACCACGGUCUGUCAUACGUGUGUUUACGUCUUGACACUGCUAUCAGCGGUGAAACUACUAUAGACUCCUUUUCCGGUAAUGUGUGUCAUUCAAACAUGAGUUCGGGGUCUGUUUAUGCGUUAUUAGCGGGCUUUUUGGGUGCCGCUGCCUCGUUAUCUGCCAAGCUGUCACUCGGUGCAGACUACUUGAGAGACAUGUGUGAGUCGGGGCUCAGCGGCUGGACUCAAACACACGGUGGAACUUCAGCAUGUGACUGGCUCCACAUCCCCCUGCGGCUGCUGUGCGGAGGCCUGCUGUUCACCUGCAACGCCGUCAUGUGGACCUUCUUCUCCAAGGCCCUCCGACACUGCUCCUCCUCGGCCAGGGUUACGGUCACCACCACCGCAUCCAACUUCGUCUCCUCAGCCGUCCUGGGGAGGCUGAUUUUUGGAGAGAGCCACGCAGCUCUGUGGUGGGCGGGAAUCUCUCUCACGCUGUGCGGACUGCUGAUGCUUCACGGAUCUGCGCCCCGGACACUUUCGCCGGAGGAGGGCAAAAAAGACAAGUAGCACAGCUCACUCAGAGGCAGACGGUAGACCACGUCGCACAGAGCCGAUGGUGCAUUCUGCUGCAGAAAACACGCAGUUCUAGCUGAUUCUAGACUUUUCCUCUCUUACAUCCCACCUCAGACCUGCACUGCAGCACCUGGCUGACCACAUAACGAACGAGACUCCCUGCUUAUUAAUCUUGGGGGGGGGGGGACACACAGGACCAUUGUUGCACCACAUUAAAGGAUGCCUGUCACUCUGUAUCCGUGUGCAGCUUUGGGACUCGGAUCGCAGUCUGUCACACGGAACUCUGAAGUCGGAAGACGCCGUCAAGCAUGUCGUGGAAAAGCCGUUAUCGCUGCUGUGUUUGUGCUGCUAAAUGUCUGAAAGUGGAUUCGCUGUGUAAGAUUGAACAGUCUGUCCAAUGUUUGUCCUUUCAUGGUCACUACAUCUGAUAACCUGUUCAUUAGAGGUGAUUUUAACAUUCAUGUUGGAUGUCCCUCUAACCCACUUGCUCUGGCUUUUUCUACAUUCUUCAUUCCUGCAUGUUGUGGAUUUAGAGACUUUCCUCUCACCUCGACUAUUGCGAGUCUCCCUCUGUAGGAAUCGGUCCCCCUCGUCUCCCCCGCAACUUGUUGAGAACGCAGCGGCAAGACUCCCCACAGCUACCAGGAAGCCGGACCGUCCCCCCCCAUGUAUCGGCCUUCUUUACCAGUGAAGUACAGAUUCAUUUCACAUAUUCUUUCAUGGAGUGGCACACGGUUACAUCUCUACAUUGCUCAUCCCCCAUGAUCUGGUAGCCAAUCUCAAGCCAAGUUAAAGACCAAAGGGGAUCGAGCUUCUUCAGCUGUUGGUGCUAAACUGUGGAAUAGUUUGACACCAACAGUUACAGCUUCCACCUCCAUCAAUACCUUUAAAAACACGUCCAAAGACUCAGAUCUUUAGCCUAUUAAUUAGCAUCACAAACACGUCUGACCAAACUGUAGUUUUACUUUAUUUAGUUUGUGCAAUACUCUCUGCUUUUAUUCAUUGACUUCUAUUCUCUUUAUUAUGUCUGUUUUCAUUUGAUCCUUCCUGUGUUUAAUUUAUUUACUUUGUAAAGCACUUUGGGCCACGCUUAUAUAAAAAAUGAAAUAAAUAAAACAACUUUUACAAUGUUUCUUUUAUCAUUUAGAUGGCCUGAACAGUGCCGACAGACCUAAAAAAAAGGUGUCUGUGAACCU